AUGGACUAUUACUAUUUUGGAGACGUCGUUUGUUUUGAUCCUACUUAUAGUACAAAUAGAUAUGAUAUGCCAUUUGUUCGGAUAGUAGGAAUCAAUCAUCAUAAUCAAACUGUUUUAUUUGGUGGCUCUCUCCUUUAUUCCGAAAGUGAAUACUCGUUUGAGUGGUUAAUGAAAACAUGGAUGAGGGCAAUGUACGGCAAAACACCAAAGGUUAUACCUACGGAUCAAGAAUCAGCUAUUGGGGGAGUGAUUGCACGUGUUCUUCCAGGUACGCGUCAUAGAUAUUGUUUAUGGCAUAUUAGCAGAAAUGCUAUGAAAAAUUUAUCUGAUGUAACCAAAGAAUUUGUUUCGGAGUUCAAAAAUUGCUUAUAUGGGAAUGAGACAGUUGAACAAUUUGUGCAUGGUGGGAAGACAAUGCUUGCGAAUCACAAACUGCAGAACAAUAAGUGGUUGCUAAAUUUGUAUGAAAAACGUGAAUAUUGGGCCUCAGUGUAUACGCGUGAUAUAUUCUGUGGAGAUAUGUAUACAACACAACGCAGUGAGAGUAUAAAUUCUUUUUUUUAUGGAUUUUUGAAAAGAAAUUUGCCUUUGUGUGAAUUUGUUCGACAUUUUGAAAGAGCUGUGGUUGCAAGACGAGAGGCAGAAAAUAAUAUGGACUAUGAAACAAAUUAUUCAAGACCGGUUUUGAGAUUUCGAAUGGUUAUUGAAGAAAAUGCAGCUUUAGUACACGUCUUGAAGGUUUUUAUAGUUGAGAAUAUUCAGAAUCUUCCAUCUCAACAUGUCCUAAAACGGUGGACAAGAGAUGCUAAAUCUGGAACUGUAGUGUUCGACCAGGGUGAAGAAAUUUCAUCUGAUCGUCGGGAUACAGUUAUAAUUAGAUACAGUAAACUUUGUCAAGAUGCAAUUAAUAUUGCAGUUAAAGGUUCUACAUAUGUAUCAGUAUAUACGUCGCAGUUCAAAAUGCAUGUGGAAAAUGUGGGAAACCUUACAAACGCUAGGGAGUUAGUGGGUGAUCCACCUAUUGUGAAACGUAAAGGCAAAAAUGGAGCAAUGAAAUCAUGGAUUGACAAGCUUAACAACAAGCGGAAAAGUACUGAAACAAAAGCAAGAAAGAAAUUACGGGAGUCAACAAGGGGAAAGCAAAGAUUCUUUCAGAGAAAUAAGCAGCCAACCCGAAUCUCUCCAUGUGAUAUAGUUGAAGUAGCAUAUGAAGAGGUUGUUGGUUUGAAGAUGAUGAGGAGCUCGUUCGUUAGGAAGAGGAGAGUUAGCGCUGAGAGUGAGAAAAAAGUAAAUGGUGGAGUUGCUGACAAGGAAAAAUGCGCCAAGGAAAAGUAG